AUGGAACAGGACGCAGAUAUUGGCAGAGUAGUUACACUUGAUGAGGCUCAUAAGUACAUGAAAGAUUCAGUCGAAGCUCAAAGUUUCACUGAAACUCUUUUAUCGACUGUCAGAUUGCAACGCCAUCUCGGCGCGCGGGUUUUUGUUUCCACUCAAGAGCCAACCAUUUCCAGCGACCUGCUCAGUCUUUGCUCCAUUACGAUUGUACACAGACUUUCAUCGCCAGCAUGGCUACAUGCACUUCAAGGCCAUAUCGCCGCCGCUGCCUUUGGUGCGCAUCCCAAAAAUGACUCCUCGGCAGAUCACGACGUGACUAGCAAAUAUGCACUGUUUCAUAUAAUCGUUCGCCUACAUGUAGGCGAGGCCUUGCUGUUUUGUCCGAAUGCUGUAUCCAACAUUACUGGUGACGAUUCUACCUCUCAGAAGUUGGGUACUUAG